AUGGCGUACUUCUCCGACUUUACGAGAAAGUGCGAUCUGGACGGAUGUAGGUACCAUGACUUUCUUCCCUUUAAAUGUGAAUACUGCGGUUUAAGUUUUUGCGAACUGCACAGAAACAUUCAAGACCACUUCUGCGCCAAGUCCAAGGCUGCAAAUUUAAAACAAGUCGUCCUGUGCGACCACUGCAAUGGGGUUCUCCCAGACAAAGACGAGGAAAUAGAAAAGCACAUAAGUCACAAGUGUACCUUUAAGAAGAAGAAGUCCCUGGUGAUGUGCGGCAAGAAGGGCUGCAAAACGGUGAGGAGGCGAAGCUGGUCCAGUUGA